CGAGAGACCAAAAGAACGGACGCUGUGAUGCCGCCUCUAUAUCCUUCACCUGGGCCCUUCCCCAGCCACCAAGCUCUGGCUGCAGUUGAUAAGGAUCAGGUCCGCAAGGCGUACUAUGAGACCACGAGCAGCCGAGCUCUACCAGGGAGAGAAGUGUCAGAGGAGAUUCGGGGCGAGAACUUCCUGAAUGUGCACUGCAUCGGCCAGCGCAACACAAGGUACUUGCAGUGGACCCGCAACUUCGCACCGCUCACCACGCGUGUGGCUUGCCACCACACCAAGACUUACGUACCCUUGCCGCUGGGGGACAACAAGAUCAACAUGGACCUGGCCAAGUCCUUUAAAUCUGGCUGGCAACAGUCCAAGGGCGGGAGCUCGGCGGCGAUGGACGGCUGCUCGAUGUAUGAGGGCCACUUUGUCGGCUGCAGCGCCAAGGAGCUCCAAAACGCGCGUCAGCCCAGCCGGAAGCCGCCCCAGACGCUCACACACACUGUGUGCCCAGCUGGGGCUUUGCUGGAGCUCCAGUCACACGAGCACCGGCGCUUUGCGGCGCCGUCCGGGCCCGGGCUUCGGUCUCAGCGUGUGAAGCCGCCCCGCCCGAACCUGGAAAUGGGUGGGGCUGCUGUUGACCCGGCAAAGAGGCGUUGAGCGUGCGGGCACGGCGCGUUGCAGCGGAAGUGGAGAUGUUCAGGUCUGCUUACUCUCGGGAGCACCUCUGGCUAACGGCCGGGAUGCGGCCAAGGCAAACGCGGAGCGUGUUAGUCCGUGGUCUCAGGCAUCAGAGCCGCAGUUGCUUCCCAGCCACAAAGACCGCCCCGUCAACAACGCUGAAGUGAACUUUGAGGUUCUUGAUGCGCGGCGGAACCCCUACAUGAGUCCGGGCCAGUAGAACAAGUGACCCUGGCUAAAUGGCCAAGGUGCGCACUGAUUAGGAAGUGCAGUUUCACCCCUCCCUCAAGGGAGUCAAGAUUGCAAAAAAAAGGUGCCAAGGCCCUGGCCCGGGCGAGCUUUGAGUGAAUUAGCAACUUUUCCGCGCGAAGGCAGUCUGCAGAGCAGACCCCUUGCGCAGAGCAACUUGUGCAGAUCAGCGUGCGCAGAAUAACUUGGGCCGCGCAACUAGCAGGGCAGCCUGGAGAGAGCAGCUUGCGCAGAGCCACUUGGACAGCUGA